AUGCCGUCCGGUCUCAUCUUCAUCACCGGCGCCACCGGCUUCAUCGGCAGCGCCGUAGCCCUCCAGGCCCUGAAGCAAGGCUACCGGCUACGCAUCAGUGUGCGGCGUGAACAACAGAUUCAAAAACUCAAAAAUCUCUUUUCGAAAGACGGAUAUAGCGAUAAAGUGGAAUUCGUCGUGGUCGUGGACAUCACCAAGAACUCCGCAUUUGCGGGGAAACUAGAUGGUGUUGAACAUGUGUUGCAUAUCGCGUCCCCUCUUCUGCAUGGAACGGACAAAGAGUCCUAUUUUGACCCAGCAGUCAAGGGUACCACGGCUAUAUUGACUGAAGCGGCAAAGGUAGAAAGUAUCAAGAAGGUCGUGGUUACAUCGUCUAUUGCGGCGUUUAUUCCUGUUACCGGGGUCCCAGCGGGGGGUGUUAUUAAAGAGAACAACCCUUGGGACUUCACCGUCGAUCCCACCGCGGACUUCACAUCCCCGGAUGGCAACGACUCUGUCACCGCGAUGCGCCUCUACCACGCCUCCAAACUCCUCGCCUACAACGCAACCUGGGACUUCCAAAAACAUCAGUCUCCCCAUUUCUCAUUAGUCACGCUCAAUCCCGCCUUCGUCUACGGUCACAACCACCUCCAAACCACAGCCGACGAGAUAAAAGGCAGCACGAAUCAGAUGCUCUUCGGGACGAUCAUGAGUGGUACUCCAUUGGGGAAUAUCACAGGGGUACACAUCCAGGAUGUAGCUGAGGCACAUGUCAAGGCGCUUAGUGACUCGGUCCCGGAUGGAUCGAAGUUUUUGCUAGCGGGUGAGAAGGCGGCGUGGAAGGACGUAGCGAAGGUUGUGGAGAGAGAGUAUCCAGGUUGUGGGGCGAAGAUCAGGGAGAGUAUUCCAGGGGAGUCUUGGAGUGUGGAUGCUACGAAGGCGGAGAGAGAGUUAGGGAUGAAGUGGAGACCGUUGGAUUUGGUUGUUAGGGAGGUGAUGGAUCAGCAGUUGGGGUUUAGGAGGGAUGGAGUAUCAAGUCAGAUUUAG